AUGUCAAGCAGGGCGCCCAAUCUGGCACCCUUACUAGACGGCGGAAGCCAAGCCAACCCCCUAUUCAGGGUUCAGGAGAGUUCACCGUUCGAUGCUGCUUCGGGGCAAAGCCUGCGGCGGGCAUCACAACCCGAAGCUUGCCAUUCGGUCGCGAUGUCACGUCCCAAGGAGAGUCUUUGGCAAGGCAGAAGCGCGCACCCGACACGUCACAUCACGCCAUCAAAUGCAGCACUGGCUGGGUGCAAUUACAGCCUCACGUUGAACGGCCCAUCGGGGUUGCUGCCUACGACGCUCGUCGAAUCUGCACCCGCCACCUCGCGACCUGCCGCUGCGAAUGACAGCCCAGAGAAGCCUGGCAGGUCAAAACUGUGCUACGACUCGGUAUCUGAUCUUGGCUCGUUAGGAGGGAAUGAUAAUCUAACAGUUAUCCGGGAGCUCAAGAUGGAAACGGGGUCUUCACCUAAUGAGCCUAGUCUUGCUGUCGCGGCUGACAUUUCCCCGUGCUUCGGACACAGCCGUCGCACGGGUUCAGGAGCGCUGCGAUGCCACACUCACAACAAAGUUGAUAUCGACACGUCCAAUUGCGCAUGUCCGGAGAAACUCACCAUCUACAAGAAGCUGACCUGCGAAGAUCGCCGGAUUGAGCUUUGUCGUACAUCUGAUGAGCGUAGAUUCGAUGCCAUGAUCUACGGCCAACCUGACGCACUCCCACCACCCUACGGAGUCUUUGUUGGCACCGGCCCAGCCUCUGUGGGCGCCGCUGGAGCUGUGAAGAAAACCUACAGACCA